UCUCGCAAUAAAAUGAGCUACCGUAUUCGCUCCUCGCUUAACAUGCGAAAUAGAAAAGCUAGAAAAACUAUCCCCAAGCAUACUAAUGUCUUCCAUUACCAAGUCAGUAGGAGAUCUCCCGAAAUUCGAUUUAAAUUAGGAUAACUUUGAGUUUCUAUCCAGUAACUUUCACCUCUACACAUAACUAUAUAAGGCUAGUAUAAUCAUAACGAAGGAAGACUCGUGAUAUUUGCAAAAUUAAAACCCCUGUUCUCCUUCCUUCUUCCUCCUCUUCCUCUCGAAGAUGUGUGACCUUUGCAAGCCUUUGGCUUUGGCGAACCACGACGUUGAUAUUAAGCACGAACUUCUUGACGAUUUCAUUCGUGUUGCCAACGAAGCCGCCGAUGCUGCUGGUGAUGUGGUGAAGCAGUUCUUUGGAAAACCUCACUUGAUCCAAACCUUUGAUAAAUGCGACGAAGAUGGAUGCAUAGUUGAGCAAGCAACAUCUGCCGAUAUAGCUGCCGAGGAUGCUAUGAUAUCGGUGAUUUUACGCAACUUCCCUAAUCAUUUAGUCUUUGGCGAAGAAAGAGGUUGGUUUCCAGAAGCGAGGAAUGCUGAUUAUGUCUGGGUUCUAGACCCGAUUGACGGGACUACCAGCUUCAAAAACGGAGUUCCUUUGUUUGGCACGCUCAUUGCUCUUCUAUAUAAGAGUAAGCCGAUUUUGGGAAUAAUUGACCAGCCAAUACUGCAGAGAAGAUGGGUCGGAGUGCAUGGAAGAAGAACUACAAUGGAUGGUCGUCCUGUACAGACCCGUCCUUGUCAUCAUCUGUCGCGAGCAACUCUAUACGCAUCCAGCCCAUUUCAUUUUAGCGAUGAAGAGCAAGAGGCCUUCCACCGUGUCACAGCAAAGGUUCAAGAACCGAUGUUCGGUGCUGAGUGCUUUACAUAUGGACUCUUAGCUUCUGGGUUUGUUGAUGUUGUUGUUCAGUCUUUUCUUGGUCCAUAUGAUUUUCUAGCUUUUAUACCAAUCAUAGAAGGCGCUGGAGGCAUUGUAACUGAUUGGGAUGGUCAGAAACUUCAGUGGGAAGCUUCUCCAGAUUUCACAGCUCCAACAUAUUACCGGAUAAUCGCUGCUGGAGACGACCGAGUUCACCAGGAUGCUCUGGAAUAUCUUCGCAUUAUUUAGACUUAAAAUAAAAAAAAUAUGUAUUUUUUUUUAACUUGCAACGUUUUGACUUUUUUUUGUUAUUCAUGCACUUACUUUGUAAAUCCGUAAAUCAAUGUUAUACGUAAUUAGAGAUAUUGACAUUUAAAGAACCAUCUCGGCAAAUGUGAAAUAUGAAAUGGUGCAAUAAGAAAAACAGAGGAAGUAUAGAAUAUAAUUUUUAGUAUGUAUGGUGUUGAAUUUAAAUAUAAUUAUAGAUAUUAAUGGAUAAAGUUGUGCAAUAGCAAGCAUGAAAAUCAACUUACUUUUUUUAGAAUUCUGCAGAUUCUCUUUAUUUUUUUUGUCAUUAAGUGGAACAAUAAAUUAAAUAUCAUUUUAUAUGUUUAUUUCUUUUUUUUAUUAUUAUUAUAUUGUGUUUCCUUUUGCUGCAUAAUUAUAUCAUUUUAUUAGUUACUAUAAAUUAUAAAUUUUAUUACGUACUCCCUUUGUUUUUUCAUGUACUCCUUCUGUUUUUUUUUUAUCAUUCUCACUUUCUCUGUGCGCGUCUUCCAAUACACUUCUUUGAACUUAAAUAUCUUUCAUUAUAUAUUAGUAAAAAUCAUAACGAUUGAAUAUUAAUAAUGUAUUAAUUGAGACGAAUCAAACAAGACCCCACAUGACUAUAUUUUUUCUUAUAGAUUGAAAACAAUUGAGAAGAUUCUCUCUAUGUAUGAAUAGUGCUAAGAUUGUAAGUGAGAAAGAUAAAAAUAAACAAAGGGAGUAUUUCUUUUUCCUACCUUCUUUUUUUUUGCUUAUCACAAAUCAUACUCACUUGGUUUUACUCCUUUUCACAAGAAACAGGAAAAUUGGGGGAGAAGUUGGCUAGAGAAAUGGAAUAGGUCGAAAUAAGAAGAGAAAUUAUAAAGUAAUGAGAUAUGAGUAACAAAGUAGAAGUAAAUUUACAUUGGAAAAAUAACCUAGUUUCUUCUCUCCCCCUGCUAUUGUCUCGUCUCCUCUCCUUCUAUCCUCUUUCACAGUUACCCUCUAGAAGGGCUGCCAUGGAGGUUUUCGUCCAUGGUAAGCCCCUCUUUAUCAGUUUUUGUUUGCAAUUUCUAGUUUAUUUUCUUGCUUUUUUCGCUAUUCCGCUGUUUUUAACAAGUCCCAUGUGAUAGUUUUAGUCCCCUGUAUGGUUCCGUAAUCACCCCCUUCAUGGUGGGUUUAUUAGUUUGAUUUUGUUGUGUGUUAGUUGGGUUGGAUCAUGACUCCAGUUGAAGGUUCGAUUGUUGAUAGGAUUUUGUGCGCAAUUGGAAGUUUGCAACGACUGUUAGUGCUACACAUACAAUCGGUUGAAUGAACUCUACUUCUACCUCAAAACUACAUCAGAUCGUUAGACCCUUUCGUAAAAGGCUGAAUUAGACAACGAUGUGAAAAUGGGUAUAUAGAUGGGCAAUUUGUACUCAACAAUCGUGAUUUUGCUAGAUUCGAAUUACGUUUCUUCAAUUUGAUUUGUAUAUUUUUAGUUUA